AUUGUGAUUUUUGUGAGCAACGGAUAGAAGAGUUUUCUCUGAUGUAUCGAUGAGCUGGAAGCACACCGACGACAAAACCUUAGGUUUCGUUAUUAGUUUUCGCGAGACAGUUGACGAAAUCCAUUUCGAUUCGUGGUGUGGGCGUUGACAAAGUUAUAAAGAUUCGGGUCCUUCCUUCCUUGCAGCAAAACGCCGUCGAGCUUCGUUCGUCUCCUCAGAAGAAGAAGAAGAAGCUGAGCUGAAAAUAUGGCUUACCAAGCAAUGAAGCCAACUAAGGCUGGUUUGGAAGAACCACUUGAGCAAAUUCACAAGAUCAGGAUCACUCUCUCCUCCAAGAAUGUUAAGAACUUGGAAAAAGUGUGCACUGAUUUGGUUCGUGGAGCUAAGGACAAGAGACUGAGAGUUAAGGGACCAGUGAGAAUGCCCACCAAGGUUCUUAAAAUCACUACCCGAAAAGCUCCUUGUGGUGAAGGAACCAAUACUUGGGACAGAUUUGAGCUUAGGGUUCACAAGCGUGUGAUUGAUCUCUUCAGCUCUCCUGAUGUUGUCAAGCAGAUCACUUCCAUCACCAUUGAACCUGGUGUUGAGGUCGAGGUCACCAUCGCCGACUCGUAGAUCUACCCUUCUUCUGUUUUUUUUUUUUGCUUAUCUCUUUUGGAAGAAACAAUCUUUUGGAAUGUUUUUGUUGUAGUGAAACCUAAGUUCUUGUGUUUUCUUUAACUGAAUAGAUUUUUGAAGAUUGAUAUUAUAAUUACUCUCA